AUGGUGCACAUGAAUGUUCUCACUGAUGUCCUUCCUAGCAUCAACAAUACAGAGAAACGUGGAAAACACCAGGUUCUCAUCCGGCCAUGCUCCAAAGUGAUUGAGAGAUUCUUAACUGUAAUGAUGAAGCAUGACUACAUUGGAGAGUUUGAGAUUAUUGAUGACCACAGAAGUGGGAAAACAGUUGUCAAUCUCACUGACAGACUGAACACGUGUGGUGUUAUUAGCCCCAGGUUUGAUGUUCAAGUAAAAGAGCUCGAAAGGUGGAAAAAUGGCCUCCUGCCUUUACAUCAGUUUGGGUACCUCAUUCUAACGACCUCAGCAGGGAUCAUAGACCAUGAAGAGGCCAAACGAAAACACACGGGAGGAAAGAUCCUGGGAUUCCUUUUCUAA